CUCAUAUCUCACAUUUUAAAAAUAAAUAUUUGCCUUUGCACAGAAAACGAAACCUUUGGUGGUAAAACAGUUUAUCUCUUCAAUUAACAUUUUUUUUUAUUUGAACAGAGCACAAUGGCACAGUUUCUUUGCUUAGCAGUGAUUUUGUUCAUCAGUGCCAUCCUCGGUGCCAUCCAAGUAGAUGCGAGUAGUCUAGAGCAUGAUGGAUCCGUGGUUAUAAAGCUACAACAUGCCUUGAACGGUGGACCCAAUCCUGUAUACACUGAACGAGGCACCCUUACUAUCCAUAGCUUACGUCUUGGUCAAGCUAUUAUAAGCCAAAAACCACUUUCAGAAGCUGACAAAAAGCAAAUACAGGGUGGAGGUUCCAUAAUUUUUGCAAAAGAUAGCAUCGAAUGUAAGACUAUUGAUAAAUAUAACUGUCUUAAUAAUGAAAAACAUUUUGAACUUGCCUGUGCUUAUGUACAGGGUGAUCCAGUAUAA